UAUCAAUUUAUAGCGCUAUUUUGUGUUCUUUUAUAGUUAAUUUUAAUAAGAACUGUAGUUUACAUUAUUUACAUUUGAAAUAUCAAUUUCACUCACAUAUUGAUGUGAUUUGUAAAGAAAAUGGAACAGAAAUACGUUAAUAUUAAAGAGUUAAAAACUUAUAGAAAAACCGAUAAAAAGGGAAAAGCAAUAUUAAACAAUAAUGAAAUUAAAAAAAAUGCUCAUACGAGAGUUCCUUUGACUACCCAAAAUGCUGUAAAGUAUCUUCUAGAAGGUACGUUAAGGUUGCGAGUUUGUAGAUACUGUUUGAACGUAACUAGCAAACUAUCAGAACUUGAUGAAAUGCUUGUGAUAGCGGUAAAUGGUUCACUCCAUGAGGUCACUGUGAGAGACAUGGUCGCCAGUAUUCAUCCUUUUAAGGUUACUGAAGAUCGUAAUUUUCCAAAUAAAAUUUGCAGUGAAUGUCUCACUCAUGCCAUUGGUAGUUAUUUAUUCUCGCAGCAGUGUGAAAGAGCUGAGAGAGCAUUACGCAACUGUUUUGAUGACAUGUAUGAAAAAUUUGAAAAGCUUGAUCCACUCGAACCAGUGAAAAGAAGAGGCAAACGAAAAAUGAAUCUCAACCACAACAUACUGUAUACCGAACAUGAAGAUGUUAUUAAUUACGCAGAACCUAUAAUAAACUUAAUCAAUGUUGAUACAAUGUCUCCGAAUAAUAAUACUAUUAGUGAACUGGAAUGUCAUAAAUGUUCUCAAGUUCUACCAAAUACAGAAUCUUUGUUAAACCACGAGAAGUCGCACCCUAAAUCAAUGUGGUAUAAUUGUCGGUUAUGUGGCAAAUCAUUUGUCAAGCAAUACCACUUGAGGAGACAUUUAAAGGAAAAUCAUAUUUUGGGCGAGGAAAUUGAAAGAGAAGUUAAUACAGAACAUUACAAAUGCAGUGAAUGCGGUACUUCUAACAAGACAUUUGUUGAACAUUUACAGCAUAUAGAGAAACAUAAAUUUAAAGAAACAUUUCGCCAUUUGAUUGAGCGUAGAGUUGACGAUUUGUGUUCUGUUUGUUUGGAUAAGGGCUCACGUAUGGUCAACUUGGGUGAUGUGAUACAUCUGCAUGGAGGAUAUCCUGAGUUAACAGGGGAUAGAUCGAUCAGAAGUAUUUUACGCACAUCUAUACCAGAAAUUACCUUUGAUAACUACACUGGAACAAAAAUUUGCGAUAUUUGCCUUAACCACGCGAUCACGUCGCACGUGUUUAUAGCUAGGAUACAGUACGUUAGGAAUAGAUUAAAUACAUGUGUUAGUCUCAUGUUAGAGAGUUUAAACAAUAUAAGUCACCCAAAUAAUAAUAUUAUGGUAGAAAUUUCGCAGCACACAAUACUUCCUUCUUUCAAACUCGACGAGUUAUCUGAAAUCGAUGACUCUAGAUUGAACGUUGAAGUGCUUGAAGACGAAUUUAGAAUAGCUUCGGAGUCGGACAGCGAUUUCGAUGAUCUUAGCAAAGAAGAAAGCAGUGAAAUUUUAUUCAAUCCAGCUAAAAAUGUCACUAAAACUUACGUUAAUAAAAAAUUAGUCAACGGAUACCAAACCAAAUACGAUAAUAAUAAUAUGUAUGACGACAUAUGCAGUGAAUUCCUUACGUUUAAAAAGAAAAUUAAACCGCCGAAACGCGCUGCGAAACAUAGGUACACCUGCCCAUUGUGCAAUAAACAUUUUAUAUCCGAUUAUUUCCUUAAGAAACAUAUAUUGAAACACGUUAACAGGAAAGUACAGUGCAAUUUAUGUUUAAAACAGUUCAAAUCGAAGUUCUAUCUCUUCGAACAUAAAAAAAUGGUCCACGUUUUAAAACAGGAGAAUUUUAUAAGCUGCAAAAUCUGUGGCAGGUCGUUCCUUAACAUAAAUAAAAUAAAGUUGCACCAAAAAUGUCAUAAAAUCAAGGAAUGCCAAUUGUGCGAUAAAAGUUUCAAGUCUCAGAAGCAUUAUGACGUUCACAUGCAGAGACACGCGGUCAAAUUCACGAUGUGCGAAAACAGAGACGUGCAAACGUGCAGCUUUUGCGAAAAGCCGUGUUCGAACGAAAAUGAACUCUCGCUUCAUGUGAACAAGAUACAUCUUCAAAUAAAACCGUACAGCUGCGACAUGUGCGACAAGCAAUUCUAUACCGAAUACAAUUUGAGUAGCCAUAAAAAACUGCAUAGUUUAUUUUCCAAAGAAUUGUGCGUUUUUUGCAACAAAACGUUGAAAUGUAGGAAGGAAUUAGUCGUGCAUGUUAGGAAGCAUAUCGGGUCGAAACCACACCAGUGUCCCGUCUGUAGACAUUCGUUUUACUCCGACUGUAAAAUGAAGAGGCACAUGAAGGUGUUACACGGUGGAAAAUAUUGCUGUCGUCUCUGCAGAACCGUUCUGCCUAGUCAAAUUGAUCUUAAGAAUCAUAUAAAUGUUGUCCACAGCUCCAUGUAGCGUUUACUUCCGGAUUAUCGCGCUAUUAGAGCGUUUAUAUUAAAAACAUGUUUACAUAAUAAUAUAGUGCCUAUUUGCAGUCCCGGAAUAUCCAUGUAGUCAAUAGGAGUUUAGUGUUGGUAAAGUUCAAAUACUACCUUACCAACCUAAGAAAGAAGGCUCCGACAAUUGCAUAGCCCAUUCCAAUCGUAGUAGGAAUAAAGACAAACAAACCUUAGAUUUACGUAUUUCAUCCGAUUUUCUAAUAACUCAGCUAUUUUGUGCACUACUAAGAGUUUAUGAUAUUAAUAUAUAUCCUUCUUUAUAAUAAAACACUAUUACACUUAACUACUUAUAUCCACUAUAAUUUUACUUCGAAAAUUCGGAUAACAGCUUUGUCGACGUUCAAAACGCCAUUUUUUAGCAAAUAUAAUAGAUUAAUCAAGCUCGACCAAUGAUAUCGCGUCAAUUUGCGGUUAAAUGUUGUUUAUUUGACUUUUCUCCUCUUAUGGUUGGAAUAGAGUAUAUAGCGGUCUCUACAUGGCUUAAUCCGGCCCUGCUCGUAUGAAAUGAGGGUUCUUAUGAAAUGUAGGAAAUAAGGCUUAUCCGUACAGUGCUUAGAAGUCAGUUUUUCUAAACUGUAAGUAAAUAUUUUGUAUAAGUUUAUUUUGACUAGUUUUAUUUUUUAUUUUAUUUUAGUAGUAGGGAUACUAACGAAUUGACGUUUGUUUUUUUUUUUUUUAUUUGAUGUCAUUUUUAAAUUUGUUCUAUUAUCUCCAUGGUUAUGGGUUAGAUUAUAUAUUUAUAGCGUUAAGAAAAUAUUUUCUUUAAUUAAAUUAAUUAAUUAAUUCUAUUAUUUUUUUAAACUAUGUGUGCAUAAUUUACGAUUUUUUUAUUGUAUAGAACGAAACGAAAAAAUUCUAAUAAAAAUUGUAUCGUGGCUGCAGACGUAGUUUUCAUUUUAAGCACACUGAUAACAAAAUGUUAUGUAAUAAUGUA